AUGCCAGCACCCCUAUAUCGAGGCCUUGACAGCUACAUCCGCUGCCUGGCUCAUAUCCUCAAUCUUAUCGUGAAAGACAUCCUUCGUAACCUAGGAUCAGGGACAAUGGAACAAGCUCAAGUAGCUUGUGAAUUUUUACAGCCUGGCAACUCGAUCACCGAUCAGUCAGCUAUAGGGAGACUACGGGUCCUCGCUCUAUGGAUCAACCGAAGUCCUCAGCGCCGACAAAAAUGGAAGCAUAUUUGCAAACUCAAUAAUCUUCCAGAUAAAUUCGUUGCGUACGAUGUAGCGACACGAUGGAACUCAACAUUUCGCAUGAUCGACGAUGGCUUGAAGUCAAGGCAACAAGUCAACAAGUUCCUAGAUCUUCAAGAGGAACUCCCGCCGUUCACUCUCCAAGAUUGGUCGUGGCUGGAGCAGAUACACACAGUGCUCCACAAGUUUAAUGAGCUUACUCUGUUCGUUUCGAAACGCGAUCCACAAAUCAGCCUCGCUGUGCCGAUUUACUACGAGCUUCAUGAAUUGCUUGAAGACAUGAGGGAAGGUAAUGGUGACUUCGCGAAUUUAAAUCAAAACAUCAGGGCUGCCGUGAAUGAAGGGAUGAAGAAAUAUGAAAAGUACUAUUCCUUUAUGGAUGACUGCGACACGUACUACACUGCCCUCGUCUUGGAUCCUCGGGUCAAAGGUGAAUUGGUCUUACGGGAACUUCAAGAUGACAAUGCCGGAAGAAUGAUUCUGGAAACAAUCCGCACGAAUCUCCAUCAGGUAUACGCGGCUAGCAACCCGGAGCAUGACGUCGCUGCCUCGCAAUUAUCUUCCCUGGAGCAAAAUGACGUGGAGUCUAGAAUGCUGAGGAAGUUGCAGGCACGAGAUCCGCCGCUGUCAGAUAUAGAUAAGUACUUUGACACUUCUCCGAUCAGCGUCGCAGAUACCACCGGCAAAAACUGGCUAUGUAAUUGGUGGAAGAUGCAUAAAGGCGAGUAUCCAGGGAUGGCAGCAGCAGCCCGAGACUAUCUCGCGAUUCCUGCCUCUGAAGUUGCUGUUGAAAGAGUCUUUAGUACAGCCAGGGAUGUGCUAGGUAUCCGACGAUAUUCUUUGAAAGGUGAAACCAUAAGAAUGUUAAUGUUGAUUCGCGAUGGCUAUAAGUGGUAG